CACUGCCUUUAUCCUCCUCACCCGCAGUAAAAGUGCAGCCUUCAUGCAGUGGUGUGGUUCAUCAUUUCAUCCUUUCCUGAAAAAUUCGCCGUGUGCUAUUUGUGAAAGUAUCUCACUGUUAAAAGGAGACACGGCUUCACCCAACAGCUGCAAGCUAACGGGAGCCUAGGAGGAGGAGGAGGAGGAGAUCUGGCUAACCACCACCACCACCACCAUCACUCAGCUAACCAUCACACAGCUGUAGACGGUCGACCAGCAACUCCUCGCGAACUGAUACGCGACUCUCCGUCCAUCCCGCCGGAGUAGCAGCGACCGCCGAGAGGGGCAAAUGAACGAGCUGGUGAAGAGUUUGCCCUCCCCGACUCUUCCCGGGGUGCACUUCCCGAGUCUGGACGCCCACAAGGGCUGGCUCUUUAAAUGGACCAACUACCUGAAGGGCUACCAGCGGCGGUGGUUCGUUCUCAGCAACGGCCUGCUGUCCUACUACAGGACCCAGGCUGAGAUGGCGCACACUUGCCGGGGCACCAUUCCCCUGGCAACGGCACACAUCGAGGUGGGCGACACCUGCCACUUGGUGUUAACCAGCGGCGGCCGAAGCUACCACCUGAAGGCCACUUCUGAGGGAGAGUGCCAGAGAUGGGUGUCAGCCCUGCAGCAGGCCAAGGCCAAUGCCACUCUCAUGAUGCCUCACUCAGAUGACUCGGGAGAUGAGGGCCCUGUACCCCAGGAGGAUCGUGCUGUAAACCAAGGCGCGCUCAAGAGUCUGGCCACCAAGCUGGACGACCUGAGCACCUGUAAUGAGCUGAUAGGAAAGCACGGCGCCGCCCUCCAGCGCUCCCUCAGCGAGCUCGAGGAUCUGCGCGGAACCACCGAGAGCACGGACAAAGUGAAAGCCGUUAACGAGCGAGCCACUCUCUUCCGCAUCACCUCCAAUGCUAUGAUCAAUGCUUGUCGGGACUUUCUGGAUGUGGCAGAAUCUCACAGUCGGAGGUGGCAAAAGGCCCUGCAGCAUGAGAGAGAACAGCGUCACCACCUGGAGGAGACCAUUGAGCAGUUAGCCAAACAGCACAACAGCUUAGAGAGAGCCUGGAGGGAGAAUCCCACCUCAUACACAGGUGUGGAGCACUCUCAGGAGGGGGAUGCGAGCGAUGAGAAUGACGAGGCAGAGUUCUUUGAUGCCAUGGAGGACUCCCCUGCAUUCAUAACCGUCACUGCUGCUGGCGACAUACGACACAAGCGCUCAGGGAGCAAUCAGAGUAUGAUGAGUGGAGGAGUGCCCAAUGACUGGACUCACUAUGAGAACGACACCUCAGGCACAAACCACAUGCAGCUGCGGAGAACGAGGCGCAGUCGGAUUCCUGAUAAACCGAAUUACUCCCUCAACCUGUGGAGCAUCAUGAAGAACUGCAUUGGCAAAGACCUGUCCAAGAUACCCAUGCCUGUGAACUUCAAUGAGCCGUUGUCAAUGCUGCAGCGUCUGACGGAGGAUCUCGAGUACAGCGAGCUUCUGGACCGAGCAGCUCGUUGUGACUCGUCCCUGGAGCAGAUGUGCCUCGUGGCUGCCUUUUCCGUCUCCUCCUACUCCACCACAGUCCACCGUACAGCAAAGCCCUUCAACCCUCUGCUUGGGGAGACCUAUGAGCUCGACCGACUAGAGGAGUACGGUUACCGCUCCAUCUGUGAGCAGGUCAGUCAUCAUCCACCAGCUGCUGCGCACCAUGUGACGUCACAGCGAGGAUGGACCCUAUGGCAGCACAUCACUAUUGACAGCAAGUUUCGUGGGAAAUAUAUUUCUGUUGUGCCAUUUGGAAACAUCCACCUGCAGUUCCACUCGAGUGGGAACCACUAUGUGUGGAGCAAAGUGACCUCAACUGUGCACAACAUUAUUGUAGGGAAGCUUUGGAUUGAUCAGUCGGGGGACAUUGACAUUGUAAACAACACUACCAAGGAUACCUGCCGUCUCAAAUUCUCCCCCUACAGCUACUUCUCCAGAGAAGUCCCACGCAAAGUGACGGGAGUGGUAGAGGACAGAGAGGGCACAGCCCAUUACAUCCUGUCGGGGACCUGGGACGACAAGAUGGAAAGUUCUAAAAUAGUGGACAGCAGCCAAGGCUGUGGAGGCUCUGAAGGCAAACAAAAGACAGUUUAUCAGACUCUUCAGCCCAAACUGCUUUGGAAAAAAUACCCCCUCCCAGAUAAUGCAGAGAACAUGUACUUUUUCUCCUCCGUGGCUCUCACCUUGAACGAGCCGGAAGACUGUGUUGCGCCCACCGACAGUCGCCUGCGGCCGGAUCAGCGGCUAAUGGAGGCGGGUCUGUGGGAUGAAGCGAACGGCCAGAAGCAGCGUCUGGAGGACCGUCAGAGACUGGAGAGAAAAAGAAGGGAAGCACAAGCUAAUGAGGCCCUGGAGGAGGGCCAAGACAUUGAAGGUUACCAGCCUCUGUGGUUUGAGAAGAGGACAGAUGAAAGGACUGGAGAAAGCACCUAUGUCUACAGAGGCGGCUACUGGGAGGCCAAAGAAAGACAAGACUGGAGCCAGUGUCCUGAGAUCUUCUAAAAAUUUCCUAAUACACACUGUCAACAGACAGAAUGAGUGGGUCUUUUUUUAUGUAAGGAUGCUUACAAACUGAGUUCGGUUGUGCACGUGUAUGAGUGAGUGAGCCAGUUGUUCACUCCCUGAAUUUCAAGCACAACAACACAUGCUUCCACUUUUCUCAUUACUUGCUUCUGCUCUGUAACACCUGUUUCUGGAAAGCAUGGCCUCAGUUUGAUUUUAUGCUUCGUGUGUGUGUGUGUGUGUGUGUGUGUGUGUGUGUGUGUGUCAUUGACAUCCGCUUCACAGAGCACACUUCAUUUAGUGUGCAUGAGGUAUAGUAUCUUGGGGGUAAGGAGUGAGAUGAACGGUUUGGUACAAGAACUGAGUGUCUUGUUCUCUUCAGCUGGAACAACUGGUUCCUUUCUGGGCUCUGGGAGUGAUUCCAGGAUUUAGAAGAACUGUAGCAGCACAGAGCCGUUUUCUUGCUAGAAAGCCUUUUUUCGUCAGAGUGUAAUUUAUCAGCUCUCACACCCCCCGAUUCUUGGGUAUUUUUUUUUAUGACUGUGUUUCUUUAAAUGGCCCGAACGGCACGUUGAAGGAUUUACAGUUAUCGCCUGAAUGGCCCCCGAAGGAGAGCUAUCACUUAAACCAAACUAGAUGUCAGUCUCUUUGGACGGUUAACUGAUCUCAAAAAUAUGUUCCUCAUUCUAUUAGGGGUGCACUCCACUAAUGUUCCCAUCGGCUGAACCGUAAUAGAGAACAUUACACACCGUUAAAGCAUUUGAAAAAUGUCUUUCACCGACACCAGGGGAGUUGUUUUUGGAUAAAUUUACAGAAACACCAUCAUCACUUGAGCAAUCUCUGCUGAAAACUUGCCAGGGCUGAGAGAGUCUAUCAAUAGACACUACCGAGUUGUAUUAUGGGAAAUGUAGGCUCCAGCAUUUUGGAGCCUGGCUCAUAACAGGGAUUCAAAGUCAGGAUAUAGCAGCUUCUACUACAUCCGUUUGGACAUUUUUCCUAUUAUGUUUUUUGUCAGUACUUCCUGACAGUCUUUCAUAAAGACAGUGAAUAGUACAUGGAGUACCUUGACCACCCCUUCAAAUAUGUUGAGACUCGACCAUGAGUGUAGAACUGUUAAGCCUGCAGGACUUUCCUCAACAAAGGAUUAUACUGGUGCUUGAUAGUAGUUUUAGCCUUAAUUAUUUAAUUAAAUACUAAAUUCCCUAGUAACUACCACUACAAAAAAUAUUUUGUACAGAUUGUAGCAAUCUGGCAGGAUUUUUUCUUUUUUCUUUUCAGGGGAUUUUUUAAAAAUAAUAAUUUUACUUAACAUUUUAAGGUUUAUCUUCUUGGUAACAAACCUGUUUACCCACUUUGAAAAGUGUUAACAAUGGCUAGUCUAUGAGUAAUUUAAAUUUUUAAAAGUGUGUUGCAUAUGCCAGCAAUAAUACAAGCUGCAUAUAUAGAUGAGAAUCAUAUGUUUUAUAAAGCCCAAAUAUGGUGUUAUAAUAAUAGUAUCCCAUUAGAUGAAUGAGUUACGUGAAAAACCUGAUUUAUACACAUCAGCCAGUAGCCAGAAACAAUGUUAAGGAAUGGCUAAACAAUACGCUCGCUAAGUUUUUUUUUGUGUGUAAGCAUUUACUGAUGUAAAAUUGUGACUAAUACAUACACUGUAGAACAAAUAUUUAUCUGUUUAUUUAUAGCUCAUUGUGUAUUAUAACAGGGCAUGAUGCACAUGUACAACUCUGGUUCGUUUUGGACUGUAUAUAGCAAGAAUAUAAUAUAAAUAAUCACCUCAUCGAUAAUCAACAUUGCUUCACGUUACUUGAAUAUUCAUAUUCUGGUCACUGCUUAAUCUCUAUUGUGUAUACAUGAUCUUAAAUGGAGUCAAGAUCGUGCACCGGUGAAUGCAGUGUUGACAAAAUCAUGUUCUGAAUAUGAGUUUAUAAGACUCAGUCUAUCACAUUAAUGACGCAAUUAAGCUAUUGUUCAGAUAAAGCACAAAGUUGUAUUUAACAUAUGAUCCAUGCUACAUCUCAAAAGGUUUCCCAUAACAGCAUACAGUAUAGCUAUGCAUGGUUUUAGAGUGCUUAUGCACUUCUGUAGUGAGGAGCCUCUUCACCUAGCUACUUGUUUGUGGAUUCUUACUUAAACAUGAUGUGAAUUCACCUUUUGUGCCCAAUUACCUCAGAGGUUUUACAUUUCUGAGCUCAAAUAAAAACGUAAAUCAAC